AUGAAAACUCAAACACUACUAGUGUCUAUUGCUUUAUCAGUUUGUGUGGUGAUGGUUGUUUCUCAGGAUUUCGGAGAGGUUUACUGCGGGAGACGACUAGCCACAGCUUUGGCUUUACUCUGUGACAACAACUUGAUCAAAAGAUCCGAUACACUUCACAGUAUAAACGAAGUGGACUCGAACUGGCCUUGGCUCCCACAACACAAUGCACACAGUAUGGGCCGCACCAAGAGACAGGUGGUCUCAGAGUGCUGCGAUAAGCCUUGCACCGUAGAUGAACUAUUGUCAUAUUGCGGAAAU